AUGGCAAUUAUACAUGUAUUCGGUUUUCUUGUUCUGCAGAUUGGAACUUUUAGAUUAGCUUGGUGUUACAAUAUUGCAGAUUAUGGAAAUUUUGACAACACGUUAAGUAUGCUUACACCUUUUAAUGGGAAUCUUGUGAUGCCAGCCGACUUGCUGCAGACUACAGUUGUUCGUCCCGGCAAAAAUUUAGACAAAGCUUUCUCACUAAUGAAGGAGCUUUUCUUCCCAAGAGAUUUCACAAUAACCUCUUUAGCAAAUACAAUUCUUGAACACCGGCCAUCCAUCAUCAAAUUAUUACAUGUACUUCCCGAGAGGCGUGGCGUUCUUCCGACAAAACAUUCUGUAUUUGAAGAUAACUAUAUGAGUACUCUGAAGAAGAAAUCAUCUGGUGUUAUCGUGUAA